ACAACAACUGAAGAAACUACAGCAUCUGAUACAGCAACUGAAGAAACUACAGAAGCUGAUACAACAACUGAAGAAACUACACCAGCUUAUACAACAACUGAGGGAACUACACCAGGAGAUACAACAACUGAAGAAACUACACCAGCAGAUACAACAACUGAAGAAACUACAGCAUCUCAUACAGCAACUGAAGAAACUACACAAGCUUAUACAACAACUGAGGGAACUACACCAGCUGAUACAACGACUGAAGAAACUAAACCAGCAGAUACAACAGAAGAAACUACACCAGCGGAUACAACAACGGAAGAAACUACACCAGCUGAUACAGCAACAGAUGAAAUUACCCAGGCUGAUAUAACAACGGAUGAAACUACACCAACAGAUACAACAAUAAAAGAUACUACACCAGCUGAUGCAACAACAGAAGAAACUACACCAGCUGAUACAACAACUGAAGAAACUACACCAGCUGAUACAACAACUGAAGAAACUACACCAGCUGAUACAGCAACAGAUGAAAUUACCCAGGCUGAUAUAACAACGGAUGAAACUACACCAACAUAUACAACAACUGAAGAAACUACACCAGGUGAUACAAUAAUAAAAGAUACUACACCAGCUGAUACAACAACUCAAAAAACUACUCCAGCUGAAACAACGACUGAAGAAACUACUCCUGAUGAUACAACAACUGAAUUCACUGCACCAACUGUUACAACAACCGAAGAAACUACACCAGCUGAUACAGCAACAGAUGAAAUUACCCAGGCUGAUAUAACAACGGAUGAAACUACACCAACAGAUACAACAAUAAAACAUACUACACCAGCUGAUACAACAACUCAAAAAACUACUCCAGCUGAAACAACGACUGAAGAAACUACUCCUGAUGAUAGAACAACUGAAUUCACUACACCAACUGUUACAACAACCGAAGAAACUACAUCAGCUGACACACCAGCUGAUGCCACAACUGAAGCUGAUAUAACAACGGAUGAAACUACACCAACAGAUACAACAAUAAAAGAUACUACACCAGCUGAUACAACAACUCAAAAAACUACUCCAGCUGAUACAACGACUGAAGAAACUACUCCUGAUGAUACAACAACUGAAUUUACUACACCAACUGUUACAACAACCGAAGAAACUACAUCAGCUGACACACCAGCUGAUGCCACAACUGAAGCUGAUAUAACAACGGAUGAAACUACACCAACAGAUACAACAAUAAAAGAUACUACACCAGCUGAUACAACAACUCAAAAAACUACUCCAGCUGAAACAACGACUGAAGAAACUACUCCUGAUGAUACAACAACUGAAUUCACUGCACCAACUGUUACAACAACCGAAGAAACUACAUCAGCUGACACACCAGCUGAUGCCACAACUGAAGGAACUACACCAGCUGAUACAACGACUGAAGAAACUAAACCAGCAGAACAAACAGAAAAAACUACACCAGCGGAUACAACAACGGAAGAAACUACACCAGCUGAUACAGCAACAGAUGAAAUUACCCAGGCUGAUAUAACGACGGAUGAAACUACACCAACAGAUACAACAAUAAAAGAUACUACACCAGCUGAUACAACAACAGAAAAAACUACUCGAGCUGAUACAACGACUGAAGAAACUACUCCUGAUGAUACAACAACUGAAUUAACUACACCAACUGUUACAACAACCGAAGAAACUACAUCAGCUGACACAUCAGCUGAUGCCACAACUGAAGAAACAACACCAGCUGAUACAACAAUGAAAGAAACUACACAAGCUGAUACAACUGAAGAAACUACACCAGCUUAUACAACAACUAAGGGAACUACACCAGCAGAUACAAUAACUGAAGAUACUACUUUAGCAGAUACAACAGAGGAAACUACACCAGCGGAUACAACAACGGAAGAAACUACACCAGCGGAUACAACAACGGAAGAAACUACACCAGCUGAUACAACAAGAGAAGAAACUACAGCAGCUGAUACAGCAACAGAUGAAAUUACCCAGGCUGAUAUAACAACGGAUGAAACUAAACCAACAGAUACAACAAUAAAAGAUACUACACCAGCGGAUGCAACAACAGAAGAAACUACACCAUAUUACACAACAACGGAAUUGACUACACAAGCUGAUACAACAAGAGAAGAGACUACUCCAGCUGAUACAACGACUGAAGAAACUACUCCUGAUGAUACAACUGAAUUAACUACACCAACUGUUACAACAACCGAAGAAACUUCAUCAGCUGACACACCAACUGAUCUCAUACAACAACUGAGGGAACUACACCAGCUGAUACAACAACUGAAGAAACUACUUCAGCAGAUACAACAGAAGAAACUACACCAGCUGAUACAACAACUAAAGAAACUACACAAGCUGAUAUAA